ACACAAAUCCACUUCUCAAAGCAAAAGAACUGCUGCAAGCGUAAACCACACAUGUUUGUUCACUUUCUAUUUAGGCUGCGUGUGCAGGUGUUUCUGAAGGUGGCUGCAUGCUGCUCUUCUGCAGAAAGGGAGUUUUGAAGCUCUGCUGGUUUGAAAGAUGAGUGACACACUGGAGAGGACUACAGACUGUCCUUUGCCGCUUCCCGCUGAGGAGUCCAACGUGAACGAGGAGAAAGGGAAUGUAACAGGACCAAGUGAGUUACGUUGGGAAGAUGGAGGUCUGCCCAUGGAGCUCCAGAAAGGGAUGGAAACCCUACGAGUGAACAGAGAAUUGACUGAUGUGACACUGCGCGUUCAGGGUCAUGACUUCGCUUGCCAUAGAGCGAUUCUGGCGGCUGCAAGUCACUACUUCAGGGCAAUGUUUUGCAGCGGUCUCAAGGAGAGUCAUGAGGAACGUGUGGAAAUGAAAGGUUUGGACAGCGGGACGAUGCACUGUCUCUUGGAGUAUACCUACACCAGCCGAGCUCUCCUCACACACUCGAAUGUCCAGAGAAUACUCGAGGCUGCCAGUCAGUUUCAGUUCCUUCGUGUGGUAGAUGCAUGCUCUAGCUUUCUCAGCAAGUCUAUGCAGCUAGACACCUGUAUUGGCAUCUUAAAUCUGGCUGACAGACAUGCCCUGUCAGCCCUGCGCGCCAGAGCUCAGGACUAUAUUACUACUCAAUUCUCUCAAGUGGUCCAGCAGCAGGACUUCCUGGAGCUGCCAGUGGAAUCUCUGGAGACUAUCCUGCAGAGGGAUGACCUGGAUGUGAAAUGUGAGGAGUGUGUUUUUGAAGCACUCAUGCACUGGGUGAGAGCCCGGCAGGAUGAACGCUAUCCCUCACUGGCCAGGUUGCUUACGCACGUACGGUUGCCGCUGCUGGAGCCGGCAUACUUUGUUGAGAAAGUGGAGUCAGAUGAGCUGAUACGACGGUGCAGCGAAGCUUUUCCUUUGUUGCAAGAGUCCCGCAUUUAUCAUCUCUCUGGCAGGGAGGUGGUCUCAGAACGAACCAAACCACGUGUGCAGCACUUUCUGUCAGAAGUAUUCUUGAUCAUUGGAGGCUGCACCAAAGACGAACGCUUCAUUUCCACUGUCACAUGUUUGGACCCUCUCAGACGCAGCCGCCUGGAGGUCGCCAGGAUGCCAAUGACAGAGUUAGAGGACGAGUCCCAAAAUAGAAAAUGGGUGGAAUUUGCUUGUGUCACUUUCCACAAUGAAGUAUACAUAUCUGGAGGUAAGGAGACACAGCAUGAUGUCUGGAAAUACAAUGGUGCCCUGGACAAGUGGAUCCAAAUCGAGCCCCUGUCGACUGGGCGCUGGAGACACAAGAUGGCAGUUCAUUGUGGGAAAGUGUACGCACUGGGAGGGUUUGAUGGAGUUCAGAGGCUUUCUAGUGUUGAGGCCUAUGAUCCCUUUCAUAAUCGCUGGAUGCAGGUGACACCUCUUGCAGUAGGUGUGAGCUCAUUUGCUGCUGCAAGCUUUGACAGAUGGAUCUAUGUGAUUGGUGGUGGGCCGAAUGGAAAGCUGGCCACCGAUAGGGUCCAAUGCUGGGAGCCAGGGACAGGCGGCUGGGAACUGAAAGCACCCAUACCCAUUGAAACUAAAUGCACUAAUGCUGUUACAUUCAAGAACUGCAUCUAUGUAGUUGGCGGUGCCAUGCAUGCCAUGUACUGCUACUCUCCUCUAUCUGAUUCCUGGACCCUUGUGACUCGUCUGGGGGAGAGGGCAAGCUGUGCUAUCGCUGCCUGUAACAACAAACUUUUCAUCACUGGAGGAAGAGAUAACAAAAACCAAGUCAUCUCCACAGUGAUGUGCUGGGAUGUCGCCCGAGGGGUUUUGACAGAGGAGUGCGUUUUACCAAUGGGAGUCUCGCACCAUGGCAGUGUGACCCUCAUGAAGUCCUACACACAUAUACACAGAAUAACACCUGCCUCAGAGAGCCAAUGACACAGGCGUCUGUGAACAGGACUUAUUUUGGUGCUAAGAGUGGUUGUAGGAUUAUGCAUGAAGAGUAAAAACAUGUUCAAAGAUAAGAAAUAUGUUUGGGUUUUUUUGCAUGCAUUACAAUGUUUACUUUAUCUUUGUUACCGUUUUGUAAUAUAUUAAUGACUAUGAUGUUUUGAAAACAUUGCGUUUGUAGUUAAGCUUUCUCAGAAAAGUGUGGAUUACAACGUCACAACAGGUCAAAAUAAGUCUACAAACACAAAAACGAAAAUUAAACAUUUGCUAAAUCAUUAUCUUAUAAGUUUCUUAUUAACUGCCAGAGAAAUUUAAAGUUGCAAAUGAAGGAAAGAGCAAUGCAAAAGCAAUUAAAUUAACUUUUGGAUUUUCCUUUUAUGCUUUCAAUUAGCAAACGAACUCUGAACUCUACACUUUAAUGCUGAUUUAUUAAAUGCAAUGGUAUUUGAACGCAACACAGGUUACCUGCGUAUUAACAAAUAAACUGACAUGUCAAACAGAA